CUUGAACGACAACAUUGUCCGCAGACGCACCCUGUCGAUCCAUAAAUAGACAAAUCCACACAGUCAAUUGAGUCACAGCGUCAGAUUGUCCGCACUAGUGGUUAUUUUGCCAAGCCCGCUAUUUAUUGUCAAUGCGUGCGGGGUGUGGGGAUUGUCCUCUUGCUUGCGAGCCAUUGCGCCUGUACGUUAGCGACCGUCUAAAGGAAUCAUUCCAGGGCACUCGACACGGAAGUUGUGUACAUCCCUUUUAAAGCUUGGACAUCAUGGGGAUUAUCGCAGUCGCAGGGGGAACCGGCAGUGUCGGCCAGACCAUCGUGGAAGCCCUUGUGGCGCAUGGCAAGCACAAUGUUCUCAUCCUCACGCGCAAGCCGCCCAACCUCGUCAACCAGCUCACCUACUUAGCGGUAGACUACGAUGAUGUUGGCGCUACAGCAAAGACUCUCGAGGCCGCGGAGGUCGACACUGUCAUUUGUGCGUUCGGCAUAGAAUCCGAUGCCGUCAGUGAGGCCCAGGUCAAUCUUAUCCGUGCGGCAGACAUGUCGGGGUCGACGAAGCGCUUUGUCGUGAGUGGAUACGAUAUGUUGUUUAAGGAGGAGCACAUCCCCAUGAUACCUACUGCAAAGUGGGCCUUGGCGGCGACUCGUGCGGCAGAGGAAUCGAGUCUCGAAUAUACCCGAGUGGUCAACGGGCUAUUCCUGGAUUACUAUGGUCUUCCGCACUGGCGAAGCCAUCUAAAGCCAUGGGUCAAUGCUGUCAACGUGGCCAGGAAAUGGGCAGUUCUUCCGGGCGAUGGGACCACCAAGAUGAAUUUCAUCACUUCCCAAGACAUGGCACGGUUUGUGGCAAGACUCAUGGACUUAGCCAAGUGGUCACCCGUGAGUUUUAUCGCCGGUCAGACGGCAUCCUUCAAGGAUAUUCUUCAAUUGGCGGAACGAGCCCGAGGUGAACGCUUUUCCGUCAAAAACGAGAGCCUCGACGACCUUCGAAACGGCCGAAUAUCUUUCCCCGAAUUCGAGGAAACUGGACUCGAAAGUACUGGACAGUCAACGGAGCACAUUCUCGCAUUAUUUCACUUUAUAUCUGGCACUGGGGGAUACACUAUUUCCAGCGAUGAUCUUUUGGACACUCAAUUUCCCGACAUCAAGAUUACGACAGCGGCGGAAGUCAUUGAAUCUUCAUGGCGCCACCGGUGAUCAACAUUGGCUUUUAGCUCCUUCGGACGAUAGGCUCUGCACGUUUUCUUUGUCCUUUAUGACUUGUGUGUGACCA